CUCAAGUCUCAAUCCGCCGCCCCUCCCUCCCACGCGUCGGCGCUCGCUCGGCCGCCCGCGCCGGUCGCGCCCCCUCCUGACGGCAGCGCUCGCCCGACCUGCCCUGCGCCUGCUGCGCGCCUCCUCCCGCGGCGCCCGCCCCCUUCUCCUCCACCCGCAGAUUGCUCAUAUGAAUGGGGAUACGCCGGGGGGCGGAUUGAUUUCGUGCUGGUACUGAUUUUGUUGAAGGGGGAUGGAAUAAUGUAUUUUCCCUCCUAUACCAACACCUAAGCUGUGAGUACCCUAUUUCAAGUGAAAUCAUGGCUCGCAAAGGAAAUCAAAGCAAAAGUGGACCCAAUCAUGCUUCGUCUAAUUGGCAAAGUACAGCUGAUGGCGAUGUACUAAGUACACCAGAAAGGGGCACCAUGGAUGGUGGAAAUCUGAGCUCACAUGGUCAAGGCAGAUCAAAGGGUUCUGAAGGAAGCAGUGAGAAGAAAGGAAGAAGCAGCAAAAAGAACAGCAGAAUUAAUAGCAUGUCAUCAUUGGGAAAACAGCAACAAAUGGAUACCAAUUAUGAUAUAAGUAGUUCAGAAGAAAAUGAGCUUCCAUCGAGAGGUACUAAAAACAGAAGAGGUAACAAGAAACCCUCAAGGCGUGGUUUUGGCAAAAGUUUUUGGAUAGAGCAGACUCCAUUGCCUGGAUUGGCAGAAAAUGUUCUGGAAAAGACCAGGUGCAUGGCGUGCAUGGCUUCAUCCAUCUUUAGAGCUUCCAUGAUGUAUCUAGUGGAACAAAGUAAAAGAUCCAUUGACAGAAAUAGGCCAACAAUCGACGCUUAUAUGGCAAUUGUGAACAAAGGGCGUGCCUAUGUCUUAAACAAAAUUGAGUAUAUUUAUCCCAUAGUUCGAACCUGGAUUCUUAAUGCUGGAAGGUUGAUGUUGCUCUUGUUGACAGUUUGGUUAGACUGCAAUGUGAGGGGUUUUGAUUCUUUGCUACGAUUGGGGACAAACUCCCUCCUUGCAGUACUUUGGUGCAGCAUGCUAUCAGUUCUUGCAAUGAUCGGGAUUAAAAAGAUGCUCAUAUUCAUGGUGAUUGCUGCUUCUGCAGCUGCCUUCAUUGGUCUAGGUUUUGCCAUCCUACUUAUCUCAGUGCUUGCAGUGGUGAUUUUGUGGUUUUAUGGAAGCUUUUGGACAACAAGUUCUGUAAUAAUUCUUGGAGGUGCUUCCUUUUUCUUGAAACGUGAACGAAUAGCUCUCCUUAUUGUCUGUUUAUAUUCGAUGUAUUGUGCAAGAAGCUAUGUUGGAUGGCUUGGAUUACUUUUGAGCCUCAACCUAUCCUUCUUUUCUAGUGACGUUCUAGUGCAGUUUUUGAAGAACAAAGUAGACAGUAAGAAAUCUAAUGGUUCUUCAAGGAGCUCAGAGCAAAGCUCAGGAGGAUCAGGCAACAUCUUUGAAGAAUUUCAGCCAUCAGCAGAUAACACCUCACAAGCUGGAUAUGCUCGAGCCUCAUAUCGAAACCCUGGUGAUCCUUCAACCAGUGGAGCUGAGAAAGAGCUGACAUCUGAAGAUGAAGUGGCACGUUUACUGAACUGCACUGACCACUAUUCAGCAUUAGGUUUCCGUCGAUACGAGAACAUAGAUGUAUCAUCUCUUAAGAGAGAAUACAAGAAAAAGGCUAUGUUAGUCCAUCCUGAUAAGAAUAUGGGCAAUGAUAAAGCUGCUGAUGCAUUUAAAAAGCUUCAAAAUGCAUAUGAGGUUCUUCUUGAUUCGUUGAAACGAAAGACAUAUGAUGAUGAGUUGAGGAGGGAGGAGCUCCUGAAUUACUUCAGGCGGUUUCAGAGUGUUUCUCAGAAGAAUGGAAGGAACGGUACUUUUCAACAUGGGUUCAGCCCUUCCGAAGGUGUUGAUGAAGAUCCUUAUGGUCUUUCAAGAAGAAUAGCCUGCAAAAAGUGUGGCGAUUUCCAUAUUUGGAUUUAUACGGGAAGAGCUAAAUCUCAAGCUAGGUGGUGUCAGGACUGCAAAGAUUUCCAUCAAGCUAAAGAUGGCGAUGGAUGGGUUGAACAGUCCUUUCAACCUGUUCUAUUUGGCAUGCUGCAGAAGCCAGAUUUACCUCAUGCGUAUGUUUGCGCAGAAAGCUACAUAUUUGAUGUCACUGAGUGGUUCAACUGUCAGGGAAUGAGAUGCCCGGCAAACACACACAAGCCCAGCUUUCAUGUCAAUGCCAGCAUGGCAAAGCAGAAUAGUGGCAAGGGAAGCACCUCGGCACAGAGGGGUGGUAAGGUCCCGAAUGGCGCAAACAUGGAUGGAGGACUCAACGAGGAUGAGUUCUUCGAGUGGUUCCAGAACGCGGUUAAUUCUGGCAUGUUUGAAAGUUCAUUCGGCGAACAAGGCGACCCAACAUCUCCUGGCAGUGGAAGCAAUGCAAAGGGUAGCAGUAGUAAUAGCAGUGGUAGGAAGAAAAAGAAAGGAAAGAAACAGUGGUAAGUGAAGCGAAGCAGGUUGGGUUUGGCGAUCACAACUCGGGCAGAGGAAAAAGGAAACAGAAUAAACGUUUGAUUAUGCAAAAAAAAUAUAACUCCCCAAAAUUGGUCCCGACUCGAUGGUUGGGGAACCCUGGGAUGCCAUUGAACAUCCCGGUUCUACAUGGAGUGUUGGUUGAUGCUAAUCUGUCGUCCUGGCCAUUGGGAAGUUGCCCGUGCCCUGUCGCGAAAAAGCUACAAUCGAAAUGCAAAAUUUAUGUAGAUCUGUUAAGAUUAUGUGUGCAUAAAAAUUGCAGGUGAUAUAGCAUGAGCUCUAUUA